AUGUAUGCAUUACGCAAAGAAAAUUUUGUGGACGCAGUGACCCCAGCAUUGGAAGCUUUGCUUUCUGAUUUACAACAUACCACGGAGGUACUGAAACGAGCUAAAUGUAAACAUCGGCACUCAUCAAGUAUACAGGAUUUAGAACCUGUAUAUGAAGAACAAACGAGAAGCAGUUCUUGCCAUGGAUUGGACAGUAUUGAGCAAAUGCUGGAUGAUUAUUCACAAAAACGAAAGAGCCCUGAAGAUGAACGUUAUACUAAUUCAACUACGAAUCAGUCAGAAAGACCUACUGUGCAGAAUUUGUUGCAGAAUUUAUCAUCAGACGAUCCUUUACAACUAGAUUCAAUGUUGGGAACUUUGCAGAAAGAUAUGUCGAAGCACGGCAUUAGUACAAUACCCAAAGGUGAUUGUGCUUCUUGCGAUAAACCGAUUAUUGGACAGGUCGUAAUAGCGCUAGGUAAGAUGUGGCAUCCGGAACAUUAUGUAUGUUGCCAGUGUGGCGAAGAAUUGGGACAUCGUAAUUUUUUCGAACGAGGAGGCAAAGCAUAUUGUGAAAAUGAUUACCAUGAUAUGUUCUCCCCUAGAUGUGCAUACUGUAAUGGACCAAUCAAAGAUCGCUGUGUAACAGCUCUGGGAAAAACGUUCCAUGCAGAGCAUUUUGUAUGUGCUGAAUGUGGUAGGCAAUUUGGAGAUGAGGGAUUCCAUGAAAAGGAUGGACAACCGUAUUGCAAAGUGGACUUUUUCCGAAUGUUCGCACCAAAAUGUAAUGGAUGUAAGGAACCAAUCAAAAUGCAUUUUAUAACAGCGUUAGGCACUCACUGGCAUCCAGAAUGUUUUGUAUGUCAGGAGUGUGGAAAGCCUUUCGAGACAGGAUCAUUCUAUGUGCACGAUAAUGUGCCAUUGUGCGAAACCCACUACCAUAAAAAACGUGGUAGUCUAUGUGCAACAUGCCAGAAACCCAUUAGUGGUCGAUGUGUAUCCGCUAUGGGGCAGAAGUUUCAUCCAGAACAUUUUUGUUGCUUUUACUGUCGUAAGCAGCUUAACAAUGGCACAUUCAAAGAAGUGGAUCGAAAACCAUUUUGUCAUAAAUGUUAUCACACUACGCAUCUUUAA